AUGCGAUUUUAUAAAACAGCAGAUGUAGAGGAGGCAGCUGGGGAAUUCCGGGAAAAAGUCAAAAAUGAAGAUGCCAAAGAAAAUUAUGAAGAUGGACCAGAGAGGCAGGAGGAAAGCCUCGCAGGAGCAUAUCAGACCUCCUUGUGUGGAUUCCAACAGGAGAUCUCUCUCUUUAUUCCAGCAGGAGAUGAUCAGAGGAAUAAUGAAGAUGAGGAACUGCGUCAUCUAUCACCAGAUGAAGUGAAAAAUGAAGAUGUGAGAAGAAACAUCAGGAUUCCAAGUAGGCCUCAGAGGCAGAAAGUCAGGCGCAGAAUGAAGAAGAGAGAUAAAUCCAUUCCUUGCCAAGAGGAUUAUCUCCAGGAAGUAAUUCACAUGCUAGAAGAAACAUACAAGUGCUUGGAGUGUGGAAUGAACUUCUCAGAUGAAACCCAGUAUAAUAUACAUUUUUCAAAGCACAGUAUAAUGAAGGCAUGGGAGAAGGAUUGUGAGUGCUCAGAGUGUGGGAAGAGAUUCAGUCGGAGUGGUGAACUUCAAAGUCAUCUACGAACCAUCACGGGAGUGAAGUCUUUUCGCUGCUCACAGUGUGGAAAGAGAUUUAGUCACAGUAGCACUCUUCAACAGCAUCGAAGAACCCACACUGGGGAGAAGCCUUUUGAAUGCUCAGAGUGUGGGAAGAGAUUCAGUCAGAGUGGCAAUCUUCAAACUCAUAUACGAACCCACACAGGGGAGAAACCUUUUCAAUGCUCAGAGUGUGGGAAGAGAUUUACUCACAGUGGCAAUCUUCAAAGUCAUCUACGAACUCACACAGGGGAGAAGCCAUUUGAAUGCUCAGAGUGUGGGAAGGGAUUUAGUGACAGUGGUGCUCUUCAAAAGCAUCUAAGAAGCCACAUAGGGGACAAGCCUUUUAAGUGCUCAGAGUGUGGGAAGACAUUCAUUGAAAGUAGUAGUCUUCAAAAACAUCUAAGAACCCACACAGGGGAGAAGCCCUUUGGAUGCUCAGAGUGUGGGAAGAGAUUCAGUUGGAGUGGCCAUCUUCAACAGCAUCAAAGAACCCACACAGGAGAGAAGCCUUUUGAGUGCUCAGCAUGUGAGAAGAGAUUCAGUCACAGUGGCGCUCUUCAAAAACAUUUAAGAACCCAUACAGGAGAGAAGCCUUUUACAUGCUCUGAGUGUGGGAAUAGAUUCAGUCACAGUAGCAGUCUACAAAGUCAUCUAAGAAUCCAUACAGGGGAAAAGCCUUUUGAAUGUUCAGAGUGUGGGAAGAGAUUCCGCCAUAGUAGCACACUCCUAAAACACCUAAGAACCCACACAGGGGAGAAGCCUUAUGAAUGCUCAGAGUGUGAGAAGAAAUUUAGUGACAGUGGUGCUCUUCAAAAACAUCUAAGAACACACACAGGAGAGAUGCCUUUUGAAUGCUCAGAGUGUGGGAAGAGAUUCAAUGACAAUAGCAGUCUUCAAAGACAUCUAAGUACCCACACAGGGGAGAAGCCUUUUGAAUGCACAGAGUGUGGGAAGAGAUUCAGCCGCAGUGGCUAUCUUCAACAGCAUCAAAGAACCCACACAGGGGAAAAGCCUUUUGAAUGCUCAGAGUGUGGGAAGAGAUUCAUUCGGACUGAUGAUCUUCAUAGUCAUUUACGAACCCACACAGGGGAGAAGCCUUUUGAAUGCUCAGAGUGUGGGAAGAGAUUCAGUCGGAGUGGCAGUCUUCAACAGCAUCAACAAACACACAAAGGGGAGAAGCCUUUUGAAUGCUUAGAGUGUGGGAAGAAAUUCAGCCACAGUGGCCAUCUUCAAAGUCAUUUAAGAACCCAUACAGGGGAGAAGCCUUUUGAGUGCUCAGAGUGUGGAAGGAGGUUCAGUGACAGUAGCAGUCUUCAGAGUCAUCUAAGAACCCACACAGGGGAGAAGCCUUUUGAAUGUUCAGAGUGUGGGAAGAGAUUCAACCGCAGUGGCCAUCUUCAACAGCAUCAAAGAACCCACACAGGGGAGAAGCCUUUUGAGUGCUCAGAGUGUGGGAAGAAAUUCAGUCAGAGUGCCAAUCUACAAAGCCAUCUAAGAACCCACAGAGGGGAGAAACCUUUUGAAUGCUCAGAGUGUGGAAAGAAGUUUAGCCGCAGUGGCCAUCUUCAACAACAUCGAAGAGUCCACACAGGGGAGAAGCCUUUUGAAUGCUCAGAGUGUGGGAAAAGAGCCAGUGACAGUAGCAGCCUUCAAAAACAUCUUAGAACCCACACAGGGGAGAAGCCUUUUGAAUGCUCAGAGUGUGGAAAGAGAUUCAGUUGGAGUGGAAAUCUUCAACAGCAUCAAAGAACACACACAGGAGAGAAGCCUUUUGAGUGCUGUGAGUGUGGGAAGAGAUUCAGUCACAGUAGCAGUCUUCAACAUCAUCAGGGAAUCCACAGAGGGCAGAAAGUUUUGGAGUAG